AGCGUUGUCCUGGCACCAGAGACCUGAGCUUUGCAGACCAGAGAAAAUCCUCUUUACACUCCUCAUCGCUGCUGCUCUGCUUCCUGACAGUUAUGGACUUCCUUUCAAACCAGGUGGUGAACUACAAUCCUGCCAGAACGACUCCACAUACUGCAUCUUGACUGCAAAUUUGUCCUCCAUUUUAUUGUCACUUUUGGAUAAAGUCCCUUGUUUUGUCUGUGGAAUGACACGAAAGUCGUUUUUUUCCGUUUCCUGGAUUGUGGCUGAAUUUGCCCGACUCUGUACGGAUCCUAUGCAGCGGAAUCUGGAAAAAUGGAUUGUGAUGGUCUGGCUGCCUAUUUCACGGCUAACCCUGAACAUGAGGGGUGGAUACACCAAAUGCAAAACCGUAUAGGCCACCGUCUUCAUUGGAUCUGACGCCAAGAGCUGAAGCCAAGUACCCUGCCAUGGUGACGUUUUCAGAGACAACACAGGUCUCGCCAAUGGAACUGUGUGAGCCGCCCUGCCUGACCGCCACCCUGUCCCCGGGGCUGCGGCGUAAAAAGAUGCUGUGGCAGAACGCUGUAAAGCACAUCAUCAUCCAACAGGAACUCAGCGCUCAGGUCGGUGUGGAGCCGGCUCACAAAAUCUUUGUGACAGACGCCUAUAUGGAAGAAAUUAACCGCCAGAUUCGCAGUAAGGCGUCACGUGGAGUCAAGCGGCGCUCCUCCACAAUCCGAGUCCAUCCUUCCCACCUCCGUGGCUCCAUGAGCCAGAGUAUAGGAGGCUCAGGCGGGAACGAAUACGCAAGCGAUGCUGACUUCUUUGUGCACUGGGGACGGAGUAUUCACGGUAUCUACAUACCUACUCUGAGGCACACCUUCAAGUCCAGAGACCUGGAGAAACUCUACCAACAACACUCUUCUCACCAAAGACGUAACUCCUUAGCCAUCACCAAUGUGAUCGACGCUAUGGCCAAGCUGCAGAUCCUGGUUCUAUACCUGGCUUUGGCACCUGAGGAGGUCACGGAACCCCUACGAGGCUGCUUGACGUGCGCGUUCAUGGUGUUUGCCGUAGCGCUGUGCAUUGUCGUGCUAACCUUUAAAGACACCAUGUCACCAAGGUGGCUUCAUUACGCCGGCCUAGCCAGCUGGCUGUCGCAAACCACACAGGUACUGGGAGGACUGGUAUACGGGCUGGAGAAAGACCCGUCAUGGUACCUUCUGUUCACGUUGUUUGCCACAUACACGCUGCUGCCGUUACCUCUUGUGUGGGCCAUGUGCGCGGGUUCGCUGACAUCGGCGUUGCAUCUUCUAGUGGAGAUCGUAUGCUACCACAACGAUAUAGUCCUUUUGAGAAAGGUUUUUGCCAAAGGUCUUCUGUACCUGGGUAUGAACACCGCCGGCUUCUUCAUUCACUACCUGACAGAUCAUUCACAGCGACAGGUGUUCCUAGAAACGCGCCGUUGUAUAGAAGGUCGCCUCAAACUCGAGCAGGAGAACCAGAGACAGGAGCGUCUGGUUUUGUCCAUCUUACCACGGUUUGUAGCCUUGGAAAUGAUCGCUGACAUGAGCUCGUUGGAAGACGAGCUAAAUCCUCAAGAGUUUCACAAGAUUUACAUUCACCAGUACAAAAACGUCAGCAUCCUUUUUGCAGACAUUAAGGGCUUUACUCUGUUAUCCAUGAACUUGUCAGCUCAGGAUUUGGUUCGAACACUCAAUGAGCUCUUUGGACGCUUUGACCGUUUGGCCGAGGAGCACCAGUGCAUGCGAAUAAAGAUACUUGGGGACUGUUACUAUUGUGUAUCCGGGGUCCCAGAACCUCAACGUGCCCAUGCCCGUCACUGUGUCGAAAUGGGGCUGGCUAUGAUCAACACCAUACGGGCUGUCCGGAAGAAGCUCAACUUUAACAUGGACAUGAGGAUUGGCAUCCAUUCGGGCUCUGUCCUGUGUGGGGUGCUGGGUCUCCAGAAAUGGCAGUUUGACGUUUGGUCCUGGGAUGUGGGGAUUGCCAACAUGCUGGAGGCAGGCGGGAUACCAGGGCGGAUCCACAUCUCCAAGGCUACCCUUGACUGCCUCGAAGGCACCUACAAGACAGAGGACGGACGUGGAGCUGACAGGAACGAGUUCCUUCAGCGACACAACAUCGACACCUUUCUCAUUUGUCAUCAAGAGGACAGACAUAAAGACGACCACAAUGAGUCUCACAAAGUCCAGAAAACAAGUCGAGCCCACGAAAUUCCUUUUGGAAGUGCCAUUGACAUGAAUAGUAUCUUGGCAUCGUUUACAAAUGGGUCACUGCCCAACAUAUGGCCGUCCACCUCCAAGGAGAUCAACGAACGCAUCAAACACGCCAUCGCAGUUCGCAGCAGUGAGCGUAUGCAUAAGGAACACAUCACUCCUCUCUCUCUGGUGUUCAAGGACACACACAUUGAGGACAAGUUUUCCCAGAUGAGAGACGAAAUGUUCAACUCCAACAUGCUCUGCUCCUUCAUCAUGCUCCUCUUUGUCGUGGCCGCCCAGGCCCUCAUCCCGGCGCCAAGGCUGUUUCCAGCCAUCCUCCAGUUUUCCCUGUUUCUGCUCACCUACGCACUGCUGCUGCUAUUGGUACUCGCCGAGGAGUUCAAGUGGAGCCCCGCCACACUGCAGCAGCUCUGCUGCUGGAUCCACGAGAACAACAGCGCUCGAAACACGCUCACCCUCACCGCUGUGGUCAUCAACUUUGGUUUAGCUGCUACAGACAUUUUAUGGUGCAUUCUUACAGACACAGAAGAGGCUACUGAGAUGGAAAAGACCAACAUGGCUUCACGUUCACUCACUGUGUGUUCUUACCCAGAGGUGUUUGUGCUGAGCGGCGUGAUCGCCAUGGUGACGUGCGCCGUGUUUCUUCGUCUCAACUCCCUGCUGAAGCUGGCCGUGCUGUUGCUGGCCGUGGCCUUCUACUCCUACUUCAUCCAUCUGGCCUUCGUCUCUCUCGCAAGCCACGACAUGCCGCACAGGUCACACCUGAUUGCUUCGUCUCACUAUGUGAGGAGAAAAGGGAUCGCCAUCCUUCUCUUGGUCAUGUUCAUUGUCGCGGUCUUCUACAACGGACGUCAGUGGGAAGCCACCGCCAGGCAGGACUUUCUGUGGCGUCUGCAGGCUCAACGGGAAGUGGAGGACAUGAGGGAGCUGCGGGAGCACAAUGAAUGUCUCCUGCACAAUAUUCUGCCGGUGCAUGUGGCCCGACACUUCUUGGACCGCAGCAAGAACGAUGUGGAGCUUUACUCCCAGUCCUAUGAUGAGGUGGGAGUGAUGUUUGCAUCCAUUGCUGGGUUUAAUGAGUACUUUGAACAAAAGGAGGUCAGACAUGAAGGUGUGGACUGCCUCCGACUGCUCAAUGAAAUCAUAGCUGCUUUUGAUGAGUUGCUGGAGGAGUCGUACUUCCAUUAUGUGGAGAAGAUCAAGACCAUAGGGAGCUGCUAUAUGGCCGCCUCCGGUCUAGCGCCAGACAAACAGACGUCUAUGGACGAAUGGAAUCACUUGAGCGAACUGGUUCUGUUCGCGCUGGCGUUGCAAGAGACUUUGAAGGAGAUGAACAGGCACUCUGCCAAAGACUUUCAGCUGCGUGUCGGCAUUGCCCACGGGCCGGUGGUGGCGGGCGUAAUCGGCGCCAGCAAACCGCAGUAUGACAUCUGGGGGUCCACGGUGAACUUGGCCAGCCGCAUGGACAGCACGGGGGUGAGCGGACGCAUCCAGGUGCCCGAGGCCACCCGCAGGAUCCUGGCAGAGUGGGGCUUUGUCUUGGAGCUGCGUGGAGAAAUCUUUGUCAAGGGGGUGAGCGAGUGCCAGGGCAAGGUGCGCACCUACUUCAUCAGCACCAUGCGCAGCAAGACGGCCAACGCUGCCGCGGACGGACGUCCGGGGGGCAAGAUGGAGGGACGCAUGACGCUGGCGGGCAUCGUGUUCAGUCUGGUGCAGGCCAGACACAAGGAGAAACUCCGGGAGACCAACGGGGGGUUCGCUGUGUCGUCCUGCACCCUCAAGUGCUGAUAGACGAGCCUGUCAAAUUGAACGACCCCACCUUAACUUUGGGAAACCCCCCUGCCAUAUACUGUAUAUACUUGAUAUACAUACAAUACUUUAAAGCAUUAUUUUCAGUGCUUUAAAUUGUGCUAAUGAUGAAAUUGUCAAUAUAACAAGGCCAAUAAUGUUGUUCAGGGUCUGAUAUUGUCAAGCCAAAACACAGAAUACCUCAAAACAACCACAACAACCUCUACUAGAUUUUCAGUGAUCUAUAGAAAUAGUUUUUUUUAAAAAAUGGAUUAUCUUGAUCUGUGUUUUAAUCAGUGUUUUGUCCUUUUUGUAUCAAUAGGCUAAUUUCUUACAAUCCGGGCUAUAUGUAAAACGUCUUUCUUAAUUGUAUCCACAAAUAUAAGAAAAAUUACAUUCAUUACAUCAUUAUUUAUAAGUUCAGACACCACUUAAUUUAAAACUAUUUUUUCACCCCCCCCCCCCCCACAAGAAUUUAGAGCAAAACAAUUUCUGCUUUACUAACAACCAUUUUUCAUCAGAAAUGGAUGUCACACAUAUUUCACACUUGUCAUAAGUGAAUAUAAAAUGUAUGUGCUGUGUAAGAAAUUCAAACGUUAAAUGUGUAUAUUUAUUUUUAAUAAUUGGGAUCAUGUAUGCAGAUUUAUAUGAUUAAUAAAAUGUUGCACUGGG